AAAUAAUAAACUGUUCAUAAAAAAAGAUUUAAGAUACAGUAUCUAUAUUAUUGCCAUACAAUGCGACUUAAAGUUUUCUUCUUUGUGUACACUUUAAUCAUGUCUAUGUUAUCUUGCCAAGAUUUAACCGGAAGUAAUAUAUGUAGAUAUGGAACAGUCAUGAUUUGUUGUAAGGAUUUUAAACAAGUCGGAAACAUGUGUAUAGAGUGUGACCCUGGAUAUAGGGGAACCAACUGUUCCAUGACCUGUCCAGUAAACUACUUUGGAAAGCGAUGUAGCCAGAAAUGUGACUGUUUACCAUUUCAGUACUGUGAUGCAAAGAGUGGUUGUCAAUGUAGUCAGACCAGUGCAAAUUGUCCUGAGUCUGAUGACAAAGAAACAAAAGAAACGACUGGAGAAGGAACAGUGGGAACCAAUUACCAAUACAAUAUUGCCCUACCUUCCAAUAAUUGUGCCGUCCAUAAAGGAAUCCAGUCAACUCUGCCAUUCCUUGCCUUGAUUUUUAUCACAAUCACAAACUGCUUAAGAUUAUGAUUGAAGAAAAUAAACAUCGAGAGUAUGAUUGCAGCAAGUAACUCGUUAGUCAGACAGCGUUAAUCAUCUAUUGAUAGUGAAAAGCGAUGAGGAUAUUGUCACUACAGAGUAUCGUAAAAAUACUUACUUUAUUAGAAGAAGAGACCAUAUGUUCUCAUUUUCCUCACGUGAAAUAUGCACCAAUAUAUUUUACAAGAAGGGUGAAAUGUAAAUAUUUUUUAUGUUUUCACAGAAACAAAUAAGAGAUGCGCUUUCUCCGGUUGUUACUUUACUUGAAAAACAGGAUGUGAAGAAAAAAUGAGAAAGUAAAUUUUUGUUUCAAUACAUCCUAAAGAAACAUAAAUAAAAAAAAUAAAUCGAAAAUGAAAUGCUGUGUUCUAUAUAUUUUUUUCUAUGUUAUAUAUACUGUAGUUCAACACAAAAGUCACAAAAAUACCAUAUUUAAACAUAAAGAGGAUGAAUAUGCCCAGUGUUACACACGUUAAGCUGUAUCUUGGAGUACGAGUUUUGUGUAAAAUGAUGUUUUUGGAGUCAUUUAAUCAAGUAAGUUAUGUCAUGUGUAAUUACUAUUUGUUUUAAUUUUCAUACAAGUAUAUCAAAUCAUAUACACAUGUAGUUUAUGAUACACUCAAUUUUGAGAGAAAUAACAUCGAGAGUAUUACAUUUAAAUCAUUUGUCAUGAAUUUGUAAAACAUUAUAUUGGGCACGGUUACCGUUUUAAGGUUAAUAUUUUCUAGCAUUUUUAUUUAUAAGAUAUUAUUAUAUAAAUACAGCAUUAAGUUGAAUGGAACAUUUUAUUUGGCCAAGAAUUAGAGUCAUUCCUUAAAUAAGUCUAGAAAUUAAACUUUUAUAUUAUUAGAGCUCUUGCCAUGUUACAUGUAUGAGAAAUGUUGUUUGAGAUUAA